ACUCUUCCAUAGCGACGACGACGAGAACAAAGCAAAGCGAUGUUGGAUCCACGCUUAUAAUACUGCCUAUUUCUUCUUCCACUAAACUUCUAUGAAUAUAUUAUAUCCCCCUCUUUCACCCUCCCACUAGAACCAACCAAAACUACCCUCCCCCCGCACAGGAACAACGGAACUGUGUGAACAAACCAAUACAGCCAUGGCAGCGACAGCGGGCUCCCGCUCCCCCUCACCAAGCCCGAGCAAACUCCCACCCGUCCCCGUCUCGCCCACCUACUCCUACGCCUCCACCGCAAACCCCAUCUCCGCCUACAACCUCCCCGCGCCCCCACCCCCCCAGCGCCACUACGCAGUCCUCACCAAGAACGACCUCGAGCUCUCGCAGACGGCCUACUCCGAGCUCCUCACCACCGCGAAACAAUACCGGCACGCGCUUGCCGAGCUCUCCAAAUGCGCUUCCCAGUUUGGCAGUGCGCUUGAAUCCUGCGCGCGACUGAAGGAGGCGCGCAGCGAGACACUGCAUAUCAACGGCGGUAGUCUGGGCAAUAGCAUCACGGCGCAGGGGACGUGCACGGCGGAUAACCUGAUGGCAGCGAGUGGGAUUCACCAGUUGGUCGCGAACCACCAGCAGAUCCUGUCGGAAACUGUGUAUCGCAGUUUCGAAGUGCCGCUACUGCACGAGCUGGACGGGUGGCGGCGGAGCAUGGAGGAGGAGGAGCUGGCGUACCAACGGGAGGUGAAGGAGCGUAGCCGGGAGAUUCGACGGAUGGAGAAAGAGGGGCUGAAACUGCAUAAGCAGCGUAAGCGCGAUGUGGCGCGCUUUCGUGGGCACUUGGUGGAUCUGACGACACGGCUGGAUGAGUUGACGGCGGUGCAUGCGGGGCAUUCGAGGGCGCUGUUGAGGGAUAGUCAGGAGGCGAGCGUGAAGAUUGUGGAGGCGAGUUCGUCGUUAGUGAGAGCGGAGGUUGAUAUUUAUGAGUCCCUUGCGCGGAAGGGAUGGUCAGGUGGGGGUCUGGAUGAGCUGUUGGAUAAGGGUGUUGAUCUCUUCGCCAACGACCUUGAUGGGAGUCACGGCGAUGGAACGAAGUUAUUCAGUAUCCUCCCGCAGAAGAGCAUUCUCGCCGAGGCAAACGCGGAUCGUCCACACCAUCGUCGUGGCGACAGCAUGCUCGUGGAGGGAGAGCAGUAUCAGAGUCUUACGGGGGCGGUGACAGGGGACCGCGACGAGGCGGCGAGUAUAUUCUCCCAGCGGACGACGACAGAGGGGCAUUUCAAUAAGUCGAGAGGGGUGCGCCCGUUUUCGCCGCCGCCGCCGGUGAGGAGGUUGGGUGCGCAGGAGGAGGGGGCGAGGACGCCGUUGAUGGAGGAGGAAGAAGAGGCUCUAGAAGGUGGGGAGAAUCCGAUUAUAGCCGGUGAAAGUGCAGCUGGGGAGCAAGAAGAUGAUUCGGCAACGAUACGAGAGGAGAGGGGAAGGGAGAGAAGCUGGAGUGUUACAGAUGAUGGAGUGUUGUCUGAAUAGUGUACCAUUAUACCCCUUUGUGGAACUGACGCGACUAAUGUUUUGUACGUUUAUACUGAGUUUGUCUGCACAGUCGCUGAUUUUUUAAAGUGUGAGGGAUGGUGGGAAGAUGGUUGGAUCAUACGUACGUUCUUUGUGUCUAUAUAUGGCUAUAUUGAGCUAAGCACUUAUACAAUGAUCUUUUGGCAUUGGAUCGCUACUUCCAUUUGUUCUCAUGAGGCCUCGCCGUGACGACUAUCAAAGUUAUGCUACAAGUCUCCUCACUAUGAGUUUCGUUAAUAGGGUCUGUGAUGCAUAUGAUCUCAAGAGUGAAUUUGUUUCAGAGGGUGGCCUAUUCCAGAUGUCCCCGUUGUGUAGAGUAGGACAUUGGGACGGACUAGGUGGAGG